AUGGCAGAAAAUCGAACACUGAGAGAGCUAACAGCUCCUAACUUGAACCAACAGCCGUUGUGCAUCGCAUAUCAGCAGUUGGAGGAAGGUGCUAAUGUUGAGAUCAAAUCUGGUCUAAUUCAUCUAUUGCCGGCAUUCCAUGGCAUGAAGGCAAGUGGUGGAGGGCUAGUGAAUAAGACUCCAGGAGAUGCAACUAGGCUGAUUGCAGAGCUAGCAGAGAAUUCUAGGCAGUUCAGUCAGAGAACUCCCACGCGCCGGGUGAAUGCAGCAAAUUCAAAUACAACUGAGUUAGAGAGUCAAGGGAACCAACAACAACAGCAAAAUGCUCAAGGCCAGCAGCAAUAUCAGCAAUAUAGGGCACCAUUGGCCAAACCUCAAGGCCAAACCUCAAAUUCGAAUGAUAUGUCAACUGAUGAAAUGAUUAGAUCACUAACUUCUAAUGUUUCUACUAUGCAGCAAAACAUGGUGCAAUUCCAGCAAGAGACCAAAUCCAGUAUUCAGAAUUUGGAAAGUCAAGUGAGUCAAAUUUCAACUGCAGUGAGCAGACUUGAAGCUAAGGAUUCGGGAAAACUUCCAUCUCAAACGGAGUUGAAUCCUAAGCAACAAGCCAACGCUAUUACAUUGAGAAAUGGCAAGGAGCUGAAAGAGACUGAAAUUGCAACUAAGAGGGCUGAAGAGUUGAUUGGAGCUGAGGAGAAGGAAGUGGAACAUGAAGCUGUAGCAAAUCCUCCCACUUUUCCAUCUUAUGAACCCACACCACCUUUUCCUGAAGCUUUGAAAGAAACGAAGAGGUAUGAGAAGGACAAAGAUAUCUAUGAAACAUUCAGCAAGUGUGAGGUAAACAUUCCCCUUUUGAAUUUAAUAAAGAGUGUUCCUCGAUUCGCUAAAUUUUUGAAAGAACUUUGUACUAUUAAGAGGAAGCACAGGUUAGGAGGGAAGGAAAAAGUGAAAGUCAGUGCUCAUGUUUCUGCAGUUUUCCAAAAGAAACUUCCUGAAAAAUGCAGUGACCCUGGUAUGUUUACUGUUCCAGUUACAAUAGGGGACACCACUUUUCGUAGAGCAAUGUUGGAUUUGGGUGCAUCAAUUAAUGUUAUUCCAUAUUCACUGUUCAAAUCUUUGGAACUUGGACCCUUACAUGACACCGGGGUAGUGAUUCAAUUAGCUGAUAGAUCAAAUGUUUAUCCUAAGGGAGUAGUGGAAGAUGUGCUUGUGAAAGUUGAUGAACUAAUUUUUCCUGCUGAUUUUUAUGUGCUUGAUAUGGAAUAUGAUAGACAAGCAAUACCCAUCUUGUUAGGAAGACCUUUCUUGAAAACUGCUAGGACUAAAAUUGAUGUUUUUACUGGUUCUUUGACUAUGGAGUUUGAUGGACAAGAAAUUGUGUAUAACAUCUAUGAUUCCAUGAAAUACCCUGUUGACACUCAUUCUUUGUGUUCCAUUGAUAUCAUUGAUCCUAUAGUGCAGGAUGUCUUCAAUGUUGAGGGCGAGGAUGCGCUCCUCACUUCCAUUUCUAAUGAUUUAUCUGCUGAUUGUUUGGAUAUUCCUUUGCCUAAUAGUGUGCAGAUGAUGGUAGCAGAGUUGAAUGGUCAUUCCAAGCUUCCACUUAGACCACCAGGUUCGACACCUACCCCAUUGACAGUGCCUACUGAUAAACUCUUACCUUCUGUUUUGCAGGCACCCCAGGUGGAGCUAAAACCACUUCCUGAUCAUUUGAAAUAUGUGUUCCUUGGUCAAAACGAUACUUUACCUGUUAUAAUUUCAAGCAAAUUGACCAAGGAGCAAGAGGACAAGUUGGUGACAGUGCUGAAAGAGCACAAGUUAGCUAUUGGAUGGACCAUUGCAGACAUUAAGGGAAUAAGUCCAUCCACUUGCAUGCAUCGUAUUCUGUUAGAAGAUGAUGCCAAACCUGUGAGGCAACCUCAGCGUCGCCUAAAUCCUCCCAUGAUGGACGUGGUAAAGAAGGAGAUCAUAAAAUUAUUGCAAAUAGGAAUGAUAUUUCCUAUAUCUGAUAGUAAAUGGGUCAGUCCUACGCAGGUGGUUCCUAAGAAAAGUGGUGUGACUGUGGUAGAAAAUCAACAGGGUGAAAUGGUUCCUACUAGAGUUCAAAAUGGUUGGCGAGUUUGCAUUGAUUAUCGUAGGUUGAAUGCAGUAACUAGGAAAGACCAUUUCCCUUUACCUUUUAUUGACCAAAUGAUUGAAAGACUUGCAGGGAAAUCCUAUUACUGUUUCCUUGAUGGGUAUUCUGGGUACUUUCAAGUGCCCAUUGCACCUGAAGAUCAGGAAAAGACAACUUUUACAUGUCCUUUUGGCACAUUUGCUUAUCGCCGUAUGCCUUUUGGCCUAUGUAAUGCACCUGCAACCUUUCAGAGAUGCAUGAUGAGCAUCUUUUCUGAGUUUGUUGAGCAUUUCAUGGAGGUAUUUAUGGAUGAUUUCACUGUGUAUGGUGAUUCUUUUGAUAAAUGCUUGCAUCACUUAUCUAUGGUCCUCAAAAGAUGUAUUGACUCUAACCUUGUCUUGAAUUCUGAGAAAUGUCAUUUUAUGGUCCAACAGGGCAUUGUGUUAGGUCAUGUAGUUUCUUCUAGAGGUAUUGAGGUUGAUAAGGCUAAGAUUGACACUAUUCAGUCUCUCCCUUAUCCUACUAAUGUGCGUGAAGUGCGUUCUUUUCUUGGCCAUGCAGGUUUCUAUCGUAGGUUCAUUGAGGGAUUCUCAAAGCUUGCAAAUGCUAUGUGCAAAUUGCUGCAGAAAGAUGUGAAAUUCCACUUUGAUGAUGAUUGCAAGAAGGCUUUCGACGAAUUGAAGGCUAAGCUCAUUUCUGCCCCUAUCAUUCAAGCCCCAGAUUGGUCUCGACCAUUUGAGAUAAUGUGUGAUGCGAGUGAUUAUGCAGUUGGAGCUGUUUUAGGCCAGAAAGUAGGGAGGGCAUCUCAUGUGAUCUAUUAUGCCUCAAUGACCCUCAAUUCAGCCCAACGAAACUACACUACCACAGAAAAAGAGUUGUUAGCUGUAGUAUUUGCUCUAGAAAAGUUUCGAUCUUAUUUGCUUGGUACUAAAGUAAUUGUUUUCACUGAUCAUGCAGCUCUUCGCCACUUGAUGACGAAGAAAGAGGCCAAACCAAGACUAAUAAGAUGGAUUCUGCUCUUAUGUGAGUUUGAGUUAGAAAUCAAGGACAAGAUAGGCGCGGAAAAUCUAGUUGCUGAUCAUUUGAGUCGUUUGACCCAUAUUGUUGAUCAACCAUCAUUCCAAUAUCAAAUCCUAGGAGAAUUUCCAGAUGAAUCUCUAUUUGCUCUUAAGGAUUUGCGCCCUUGGUUUGCUAACAUUGUGAAUUUUCUGGUUUCUCAACAGUUUCCUCCAGGUUUCACAAAGUCUCAAAAGGACAAGCUUCGAACUGAUGCGAAGUACUAUGCAUGGGAUGAUCCAUACUUGUGGAAGUUCUGCUCCGAUCAAAUCAUUCGCAGAUGCAUUCCCGAAAAUGAGGUGAUCCCCAUUCUCACCUUCUGUCAUUCUCAUGCUUGUGGAGGACACUUUGGAGCCAAACGCACAGCAAGGAAGGUUCUCGACUGUGGUUUUUACUGGCCAAGUUUGUUUCGAGAUUCCUAUGGAUUUUGUAAAUCCUGUGAUAAUUGCCAGAGAGUAGGUAACAUUUCCCAGAAAAGUGAAAUGCCCCAAUCCUCUCUUCUGUAUUGUGAAAUAUUCGAUGUUUGGGGUAUAGAUUUCAUGGGACCAUUCCCUAUUUCUUACGGUUUUACUUAUAUACUUCUUGCUUGUGAUUAUGUGUCGAAGUGGGUGGAAGCAAUACCCACUAGGACUGAUGACUCUAAAGUGGUUUCAGGUUUUAUCAAAGCUUACAUAUUUUCUAGGUUUGGAAUCCCAAGGGCGUUGAUAAGUGACCGUGGAACACACUUUUGCAACCGUACAGUGAGUGCUUUGUUGAGGAAGUACUCUGUUCACCACAAAAUCUCCACGGCUUAUCACCCACAAACCAAUGGGCAAGCCGAGGUGUCCAAUAGAGAGGUGAAGUCAAUUCUGCAGAAAACGGUGAAUCCGGAUAGGAAGGAUUGGAGUUUGAGGUUGGAGGAUGCUCUAUGGGCGUACCGCACCGCAUACAAAACACCUAUCGGGAUGUCCCCUUACCGCCUUGUCUUCGGAAAACCGUGCCAUCUACCGGUUGAGCUUGAGCAUAAAGCAUAUUGGGCGGUUAAGUCAUUCAACAUGCAAAUGGAUGAAGCAGGUGAACAUCGGAAAUUGCAACUCCAAGAACUAGAGGAGAUCCGGCUUGAGUCCUAUGAGAAUGCAGAUAUUUAUAAAGCAAAGACCAAGCUAUGGCAUGAUCGAAUGAUCACGCGGAAGGAGUUUAAAGUCGGUGACAAAGUACUCCUAUAUCAAUCCCGACUUAGAUUAUUUCCGGGAAAACUUCGGUCCCGUUGGGAGGGCCCUUUUCAAGUGGCGAAUGUAUAUCCGCAUGGAGCAGUUGAAAUUCAAAGCCUCGAGACCGAUAAGAUUUUCAAAGUCAAUGGCCAAAGGCUCAAACCCUACUUCGAGGGUUGUGGAGGCCUUGGGAGCAAUUUUUAUGCGCGAAACGCAGCAAAAACAGAGCAAAACAGAAACAAAGGGGCCUUCCCUGCAGAAGCCGCUGGCAGCUGCUCUGCAGCCGCUACCAGCGGGUCUUCUUGCAGCCCAAACCCCUUUGUUUCUGUCCCAGCCGCUGGUAGCUGCUCCUGA